AUUCAUUUUGUUCCGGAAAAAAACAGAAACCUGUAUGUGGAAAAAAUUAUCUCGGAUGAAGUCCUGUUACGAAGGAAUGAACUGUGGAUUUGCUGAGAUUUCCGAUAGAGAAAUUGGUAUCGGUCGACCGAGAAACUUCUCCCGCCGAUUCAGUGCUUCACAGAUUAUUGUAGAGCAGCUGAAUCUUGAAAAUAAGUUAAAUGGUCACGAUGGUUGUGUAAAUGCUGUAGAAUUUAACUCGACUGGUGAUCUUCUCGUAUCCGGUUCCGAUGACAGCAAAGUUAUACUGUGGGAUUGGGCAAGAAAUUCUAUGAGGUUUUCGUAUCCUUCUGGUCAUUUGGAUAACAUAUUCCAGACCAAAAUUAUGCCAUUAUCUGAUGAUCAGAAAAUAGUAACCUCAGCUGCGGAUGGCAAGGUAAGACUUGGGCAACUCUUGGAUGAUGGCAGAGUUGUUACGAAAAUGUUGGGAGAGCAUCAAGGCUCUGUUCAUGAACUUGCAGUGGAGCCUGGAAGCCCACACAUACUUUACAGCUGCGGCGAAGAUGGUCUUGUCCAGCAUUUCGAUCUACGCAACACUUCUACCACAAAACUUUUCUAUUGCACCUCCUUUACUGAAAGAAGCAAGCAGCCUCCGAAAAGUGUUGAACUGAAUGCCAUUGUAAUUAACCCAAGUAAUCCAAAUUACUUUGCAUUGGGUGGUUCGGACGAAUAUGCACGUUUGUACGACAUGAGAAGUUGCCGAGGUGAUGCAUUAGUAAAAUCUGACAGAGUUCUUGAUACCUUCUGCCCACAUCAUCUGAUCCAAACUAACAAUUUCCACAUCACGGGAUUGGCUUUCUCAAAUUCAAGUGAGCUGCUAAUUACUUACAGUGACGAGCUUAUUUAUUUGUUUCAGAAGAAUAUGGGGCUAGGCCCCUCUCCAUUGACUGCCUCAUCUGAGAAUUUGUUGAUGAAACUUGAACAGCCACAGGUUUUCUCUGGACACAGAAAUUCAGCAACAGUUAAAGGUGUGAAUUUCUUUGGCCCCAAUGCAGAAUAUGUAAUGAGUGGCUCUGAUUGUGGUCAUAUAUAUAUUUGGAAGAAGAAGGAGGCCGUAAUCGUUAAGUCAAUGGUCGGUGAUCGUAACGUUGUAAAUCAUAUCGAGCCCCAUCCACAUCUGCCUAUUCUUGCUACUUGUGGCAUUGAAAAUGAUGUAAAGAUCUGGACUCCCAUCGCUUGUGAUGUUCCUCCGUUGCCUGAUGACAUAGAACAAAUAAUGGAGUCCAAUAGGCAAGGAAGAGAAGACCACUCUCUGGUGACCCUUACUCCUGAUGUUAUCAUGCACGUCCUACGCCUCCAAAGAAGACAGGCAUCUGCAUUUACAGAGAGAAGACGCACCACAGCUGAUAUCGACAGCGAUGAAGAAAACGAGUGGGAAGCAUAUAAUCUGGAAGUCGUAAAUGGUAAUGCCUCUUCUGAAGAAGAUCCCGCAGAAGUUUCUUCUGAGUGUAACAUCAGCUAGCACUCCACAUUAAGAAAACUCAGCAGUGUGAACUUGUGGAAUAUAGAGCUUGAAGAAACAACCUCGCAGUCGCAUCUCGUCAUAAAAUUGCGAGUAAGAUUCAAACUCCCUAACUAUUUGGAAGCAUUCUGUUUGAUUCAUUUGUUUCGUUGACAUUUGCAUUUGUAUAUUUCAAAAAACAAGUCAAAAAGAGGACAAAUGCACAACGAGGAUGUUUGGUAAGUUUAGUGGAUAAAAUCUGGCAAAUUUUCAGUCAAGUCAUUGUUUUGUAAGAAUAGUGCAUAGCAUCCUACAAGCUUGCUUUUACAACUACAUAGUAUUGAAUUGAUUCAUUGUCUUGAAAUUAAGAUAUAUGUAAAUUUCAAAUAUUGUUUA